AUGAGCGACGACGAUGGUAUGCUGUUGAAUUUCGACACCAACGCCGACUUCGGUGAGAAAACAGUUGCGAAAGUUACCGGUGGCAGAUGGAAGGACCGGCGAAGAUUGAAGAUGAUGGUUACUGGCCAGCAGCCUAACAAGAAACGGAAAAUUGAGAAGGCUCGAGAGAAUGAUCGGGAAAGACAGGAGAUUGUUCCGCGAGAGGCCUCCGUUGGGAAAAACGUCGAGGUGGAGGCGAAGAAUGCAAGAACAGCUCCCCUAGUAGCCGGUCCGCAGGUUGUGUCCUCACUGUUUACCUCAAACCGGGAGAUUUCUACGUCUAGUAACGAUAAUGCUCGUGAUGAGAGCGCGGUGCAUAAGCCCUCUAAUGCUCCCCUGUUCAAAGAUACUUUUGAGUCAGUCGGCGUACAAGAACUGCUGGUGAACCAUUUGAAGGAGAAAAUGAGAAUCCAGAAACCGACAAGUAUCCAGAAAUUGGUUUUUUCAUAUUUAUUGCUUGCUGAUGAGGGCAGGGACAAGGAUCUUUUCAUCAAUGCACAGACGGGAUCAGGUAAGACAUUGGCUUAUUUCCUGCCCAUCCUGUCUCGGAUUCUACAAAUGAACGUUAGAGUUGACCGUAAAUCAGGCUGUUUUGCCUUAAUUGUAGCCCCUACCCGUGAGUUGGCUUCGCAAAUUUACUCUGUCAUUUCUAUGCUGACCAACUGCUGCCACUACUUGGUGCCAUGCCUGCUGAUAGGUGGAGAGCGUAAGAAAUCGGAGAAGGCAAGACUGAGGAAGGGUUGUAAUUUUAUUAUUGGGACUCCCGGCCGGAUUCUCGACCACCUGCAGAAUACGCAAGUCAUCCGCGAGCAACUGAGCCAUACGUUGAGAUACAUUGUGCUCGAUGAAGGCGAUAAACUGAUGGAGCUUGGGUUCGAAGAGACAAUCAGGGAUAUUCUUAAUAUUCUUCACCAGGUACCCGUUAGCACCGAAAGGUAUCCUCAACUGCCCUCUCGGAUCGUUCAUGUUCUCUGCAGUGCAACUAUGCAGAACGGCGCUGCCAAGCUUGGUGAUGUUGCGUUGAAUGACUACAAGUUACUAAGCACUCGAAAGAAAAAACAUGACGACGCCAUAAAUGAAGCCCCAGAUCAGUUGCUCCAAAGGGUCGUUGUAGUUCCUCCUAAAUUGAGGCUUGUCACCUUGGCUGGUGGGUUGGACGAAAUCCACAGAAAGCACAAGCAGACGAAAAGUAGCCAAACGUCACGCACAAUGGUAUUCUUGUCGUGCUCCGACAGUGUCGAAUUCCACUACGAGACGUUCUCUUCCAACGACGCAUAUCACCGCAACCUUGUUGGCGAGAGUGUAAGAUUGAUGGACAAAGGUAACAGUAUACUGCCCAGUUUCUUAAGUGACACAGAUCCCGAUGUUGUCUUUUACAAGCUGCACGGUUCUCUCUCGCAACCAAUCCGUACGUCGACAUUGGAGUCGUUCAGCAAGGACUCUGCAUCGACCAAGGGCAAACACCUCAUAAUGUUUUGUACAGACGUGGCAAGCAGAGGUCUAGAUCUGCCGCACGUUGGGACGGUGCUGGAAGUCGAUCCUCCGUUCUCCACUGAGGAUCAUUUGCACAGGAUCGGUCGUACUGCUCGUGCUGGUCAGAGCGGUGAGGCGCUGUUGUUUCUGCUUCCUGGCGAAGAAGAGGGCUACCUUGGCAAGAUCAAGCCCUACCAUCCUAAGGGUUGGAAGCUUUUGAAGUACGACGAAGAUCUGUUAAAACCUGCCUUCCAGGAGACUAGCGUGAGGAGAAGCGACAGAAACGAUAAGCCUGAUGGUACUAUCCACGAUUGGGAUACUAAUGCAACGACAUGGCAUCUGAAUGUCGAAAGGCGUGUCCUCGAAGAUUCGACCUUCAAAUCUUUAGCCAUCAAGGCUUUCACAAGCCACGUCAGAGCCUACGCAACCCAUAUUUCAGAUGAGAAGGCCUUUUUCAACAUCAAAUUGCUUCAUCUGGGGCAUUUAGCCAAGAGUUUUGGUCUCAGAGAGAGACCAAAAGGUAUAGGGGCCCAGAACUCUAGUGAGAAGGACUCUAGUAAGAAGACUCCAAAAGAGAACACAAAGAAUAAGAUGUUCCGCUUAGCACGUAUGGCGGUCAAAGAAAGUGCUAGCGAGUUCAAUUACUAG